ACAAAAUAGAAUUCCCUAAACAAGAGAGAGACUACAGUACAGACGCCAGACGCCGUUGAGAGUUGAGAAACACCAACUCUAACUAGCCAACCCUGCGUUUCUUCUUUGAAUCCCCAGAUGAGAAGCAACAGCAGAAUACUUGUAAAGCUCCUCAAACGACAUUCACACACUGCCACGCCAUCAUCACGAUUCUCCACUCCCCCUCCCCACGAAGUCGUUGAACCCUUCUACGACCUCUCAGACGUCGUCGUUUCAGCCUCCCGUGACCCUCCUUCCCCAUCCCCAUGGCUCCCCCAAAUCCUCUCCCUCCUCGACGGUUCCCCUUCCAUGGAAUCCAACCUCACCUCCUUCUGCAACAAAUUCCUCAUCACUCUCUCCCCCAAUUUCGUCUCCCACAUCCUCCGCUCCCUCACCAACCAACCCCUCCUCGCCACGCGCUUCUUCCACUGGGCUCACUCUCAACCUAGCUAUUCCCACUCCCUCCAUUCCUACGUCUCUCUCAUCGAAACCCUCUCCUUUUCUUCAUCCUUCGAUUCCACUGUGUUCCAGAACAUUCUACAAGAAUUCAGGUGCCGGAAGUUUAAAUUAACUGCCGCCGCUGUUAACUCCUUGCUCAGGAGCUUUGCCGCGGUUGGCAUGGUGGAGGAGCUGUUGUGGAUGUGGCGGAACAUGAAAGAGGAUGGCCUUGAGCCGAGUUUGUAUAAUUUCAAUUCGUUGAUGAACGGAUUGGUUAAUGCCGGUAUGGUGGAAUCGGCAGUUAGGGUUUUCGAGGCGAUGAGGGAGGUUAAUGUGAGGCCGGAUUCGGUUAGUUACAAUACGGUUAUUAAAGGGUAUUGUAAGGUUGGGAAAACUAGGAAGGCCUUGGAGAUGAUUAGGGAGAUGGAGGCUGGGGAUGAUGGUGAUAAUGUGGGGCCGGAUAAGGUUAGUUACAUGACAGUUAUGCAGGCGUGUUAUGGCGAAGGGGAUGUGGAUUGUUGUGUGAGGCUUUACCAUGAGAUGAAGGAGAAGGGGUUGGUGGUUCCUCCACAUGCUUAUAGUUUGGUGGUGUGUGGACUUUGCAGGCAAGGGAAGGUUGUUGAGGGUCUCAAUGUGUUUGAAGAGAUGAGAAGGGAUAGUUGCGGAGCCAAUAAGGCGGUGUACACGGCGUUGAUCGAUGGUUAUGCGAAGACUGGGAAUGUUGAUGGGGCGAUGAGGUUGUUUGAGAGGAUGAGACAGGAGGGGAUUAAACCGGAUGAAGUUACUUAUGGGGCGAUUGUUAAUGGUUUGUGUAAGGGUGGGAGAGUGGAGGAAGCUUUGGGUUAUUUAGAGUUUUGUAAAGAGAAUGGUGUUAUGGUGAAUGCGGUAUUUUACUCGAGUUUGAUUGAUGGCCUUGGGAAGGCUGGGAGAGUUGAUGAAGCCGAGAAGUUGUUUUAUGAGAUGGUUGAUAAGGGGUGCCCCCCGGAUUCUUAUUGCUAUAAUGCACUUAUCGAUGGAUGGUGUAAAGGUGGGAGGAUUGAUGAAGCAUUGGCACUGUUUAAACGGAUGGAGGAGGAAGGUUGCGAGCAGACUGUAUAUACGUAUACCAUACUUAUCAGUGAGCUUUUUAAAGUGCACAGGAAUGAAGAGGCAUUGAAAUUAUGGGACAUGAUGAUAGAUAAGGGCAUAACACCAAAUGUUGCUUGCUUUAGGGCUCUUUCAAUUGGACUCUGUCUUUCGGGCAAGGUAGCGAGAGCUUGUAAGAUCUUGGAUGAGCUGGCACCCAUGGGGAUUGUUCUUGAAACAGCUUAUGAAGACAUGAUUAACGUGUUGUGCAAAGCCGGCCGGGUGAAGGAAGCCUGCAAGUUGGCCGACGGGAUUGUGGACAGAGGUAGAGAAAUUCCUGGAAAAGUUAGAACAUUGAUGAUUAAUGCGUUGAGGAAGGCUGGUAAUGCAGAUUUGGCUAUAAGGCUGAUGCAUAGCAAGAUUGGUAUUGGGUAUGACCGGAUGCGUAGUGUUAAAAAGAGAGUGAAGUUCCAAACCCUUAUUGGCUGACUCUGUUUUUCGCCAGGUAUUGCACCUUCAAAAUUGACAAAGGUCAAAGCUUGUAUAUGUAUGGAAGUAUAGCCAUGCCUGGUUGUUGCGUUGUUAGUGAACUUAACUGUUUGUUGAUACCAGGAACUAUUAUUAAUUGACUGGGUGGGAUGGUUAAAUUCAGGAUCUAAUAUUUCAUGUUCAACCCAGGCGAUUCAUGUAAAAUGAGUCUUGGUUACAUCUCUUUAGGUACUGGAACCUUGGUUAGUAACUUUACAAGAUUAGAAUGUCGAUAGUUGUGGCAACCGGCAACCUAUUUGUCACCACUGCUGCAGGUUUUGCUGCAUCAUAUUUAUUGUAUUAUACAGAAUCAAGUUUCAUGGAAGGUGGAAGCUUUUGCCGGCAGCAUUCUUUGCCUGCAUUUUCCCAGCUAAAUGCAUUGAUAACAUGUGCACUAAAUCAUUGAUUAUGUGAUAGAAUGUCAUUAGUUAGUUACUUGUAUAUAAGGUGAGAGAAAAUCAGUUGAGGAACUAGCGGGGUUUUGGUGAGUUUUGAAGAGAAAAAGGAGAGAAGCUCUUGAAUGAGCCUCUCAUCCCUGUAUUUAAUUCAGGUUCUUGAAUAAUGUUGACUAAUAUCUUAUUCAAUAAACACAUUUCUUACAUUUUUUUAA